GAAAACUUGUUCACAUUAACAGGUUGGGAAGAUGGAGACAGCCUCUCUUUUAAAACGACAUCAAAUGAUGCGUGACGCCGCCGAUAAUGUCCAUCUGGUAACUGGGGGUGGUGGGUACACGGGAUACAAACUAGGCAAACGGUUGGCAGACAUGGGAAAGACAGUUAUCUUAGUUGAUAUAGUGCCUCCAAAAUGGACACUGACGAACAAAAUGUCAUUUGUACAGUGUGACUUGACUCACGAGGAUGCUGUAGUGACAGCUUUAAAAGGAGCAGAUUGUGUUUAUCAUUUAGCGUCAUAUGGAAUGUCUGGCAAAGAACAGUUUAACACCAAAUUGAUUGAAGAAGUUAAUAUUAAAGGAACAGAAAAUGUCAUCAAGGCAUGUUUAAUACACGGCAUUAGACGUUUGGUUUAUACCAGUUCUAACAACGUAGUUUUUGGAGGUCAGGAGAUUUGUAAUGGAGACGAGUCUUUACCCUAUCUGCCAAUAGAAAAUUUUUUAGAUCAUUAUUCGAAAACAAAGAGACUUGCUGAACAAAACGUUUUGGAAGCUGACAAGAGGAAUGUACUCCGGACAUGCGCACUACGGUUGGGGGGAGUGUACGGUGUAGGAGAACAACGCCAUAUACCAAGAGUUGUGAACAUGGCGCAGUCAGGAGUUAUUCAGGCAUUAUUUGGCACAGAUUCUCUGACAGACUUUUUACACGUUGACAAUAUGGUCCAAGCUCAUAUUUUGGCUGCCAAAGCACUGACUGAAGAAAAAGGCUACAUAGCGGCAGGGCAGGUCUACUUUAUAUCUGAUGGGGUUCCUAUUAACACAUUUGCGUUCUUCCGUCCACUUAUAGAAGGCCUGGGCUACUCGUUACCAAGGCUCCAAGUUCCUGUCUGGUUGAUGUGCUCUAUUGCAUGGAUGAUUGAGAUGGUUCUUUACAUAGUGUCAGGGAUCUACCACUUCCAACCCAUUUUAACAAGAAUGGAGGUUUACAAGAUGGGCAUCUCCAAUUAUUUUUGCAUCAAGAAAGCAUCACGUGACCUUGGAUAUAAGCCAGCCAAACAAAACGAAAUAUCUGACAUACUUGAGGAUUUCGUAAAGCGAGGAUUCAAAGUGAAGCAGAAGAAUAUGUCAAUAGUGAUCAGUUUGAAUUG